CUUAUUCGAACAUUCGAACUAGAAACCGAACCCUUGCAUUUGACAGAACAACUCACAUGAUUUCUGUCAGUUCGCGCACUAAUAAUAAAAUCGGAGUCAGCUCCAAUCUUGGUAGAAGUAAUUUAACAAAUUAAGCUAGAAAUAAGCACAAAAUGACCGCCACCGUGGAUCCACGUCGACCGGACAAAAUCAAUCGCUACAAACCAAUCGACAGUGCCAGCCAGGGAGCCGGUGUUGGCGAUGAUCUCAUGCCCGACUACAUGAAUAUCCUCGGUAUGAUAUUCUCCAUGUGCGGUCUGAUGAUGAAGCUCAAGUGGUGCGCCUGGCUGGCCCUGUACUGUUCCUGCAUUAGCUUUGCCAAUUCCCGGGUCAGCGACGACGCCAAACAGGUCCUGUCCUCGUUCAUGCUGAGCGUGAGCGCCGUGGUCAUGUCCUACCUGCAGAACCCCACACCGAUGACGCCGCCCUGGCAGUCGGUUUGAUUUCGAUUCCGGUACCACUAAAUAUGUCAACGUGUUGCAUCAAUUCAGAGAACCAUUCCCAUGAUGUUGCAGCCCUGGGCGCAUUCCGACGCACAAUUUCUUCUAAGAAAAAGUUUUUUGCUGGUGUCGUGACCAAUAAAAAAGGCUGUUUUUUUUGUAAAAUUGAUUUUUAAAUUGCAUAUGUUAGAGAUUUACCCUGGCCAUGUUCGCAGGGGUUGACGGUAUUAAAGUGAAGGAGUUUCAUUUUGAUUAUUGUAAUGUAGUGUUCUUUAGUGAAACAUAUCACCUUUUUAACACUUUAAUGCGCCUCCAACGGUUCAUCACGAACCGGCUGCUGCAGAUGGAGUAUUUAUGGCUGAUCAUAUGCAUCAGACAUGCUCGAUAAACAGGAGGAACCGCCGGGGCUCAGUAGAGUCUAUUCCCAAGCAAUAGUUCCAAGUCAGUUGGAUUUGAGAAGGUUUUGAUGAUCGUUACAAAUCCUAAUAAAAGUAUUAUAGGAUUUGUGACAGGUUUUGGAACCAUUUACAGCCACCUGACUUCAAAAUGUUGUUUGGGCUCUAUUUCCCACGUUUCUCGGUUGAUUUUUAUUACAUAGUAAUUUAUUAAUGUCAUAGUCGCUUUUUCGAAUUUUUACAAUGUUAGUUGGUCAUAUUUUCUUUAAAUAAAGCAAUAAAAAUCGACCGAAGAAUCAAUAGUGGGAAGGAGAUUUGCAGCACUUAAUUGUGCUGAUAGAUUCAAAGCUAACGUGCGAACACUUAAACGCAUUGUUGACGUCAAUGCGUUCGACGUGACAUUUUGGGCAAAAACUGACUGCUUUAUAUUAACUGAACAACGUUACUUGUGUAUGACUAGGUUGACAUUUCUAGGCUACGCUUGAGAAAAUGACAUGGUUCAUCUAGGUAGGACCGAUAGGACAAUUGAACGAAUUUGAAUAUUUUUAAUAGUAUUUGUAGCAGGAUGAAAGUUGACAUGAAAUCUUUAUUAUUUUAAAAUUUUAUUGCAAUCAACUGACCAACUUGGCGUAUUUUUGAUUAUCUUUUAGAUGUUCAGAAGUUCAGUUACAUGUUUCUGUGGAUUUUGGACCGAUGACAAUUUAAGGACACAAGAGAUGAACACAAGUAGAAAACGAUUAGCCAAAUCAAGAAAACAAUUUGACACAGGAUCGACUAUAUUUUAACAUACAGGGUUUGAUUGAUUCGAUGAAAAAAAAAACAACAUACGACAACUGACUUAACGAGGAGAAAAACAUAUUUAACCAUACCACUGUACCGAUGGGAACAACUAUACCUGAAUCAAGAGUCACUUUGGUUAUCUGACAGAUCUAUACAUCGCGGGCGGUUUAUGCGUGCGUGCGAAUAAGGGCAUUCAAAGAGCGGCAGUUUACGGUUAGACAGGAACGGGAACGCAUCGGUACAAUGGCGACGACGCUGAAAAUUGGUGAGUAAAGUGAAAACGGCCGAAAACCUCGAAAUAAUGUGGAACUGUGAUACGAACUGGAGAAAAGUGAAAACAUGAGAACAAUUAGAUCAACGUUCCCAUUCUUCUGGGCGAUUGAAAACCAUUUUUAAGCGAAAAAAAAAAUGGAUUCGACAAUUUCGUUAACCGCAUACGAGAACAAGCCAACAGAUGUGAAUUCGCUGACGUCAGCGAUGCUACGAUCGAUCAAAUAAUCGAAGGCUGUCUCUCCCAAGACUUCCGCAAGAAAUUGCUGUCGGAGGACAAAUCUUUCGAGGAAAUACUGCAGCUGGGAAAAGCAAUGGAAGACCUGCAAACUCAGUGUAAGGCGUAUGUGAAAGAUGUUCGUCCAUCAGAAUUCGUACAACGAGUACAGCCGUCCUCGCAGCCAUCAAACAAGUCAGCAGUGAGAUGUUUUAGAUGCAACCGUUUGGGUCACAUUGCGCGCGACAAGAACAAAUGCUCAGCAUCUGGUGUGAAAUGCCAUACAUGUGGCGAGCUUGACCACUUCAAAAUUUGCUGUCCGAAAAAACGCAAAUGGGAUGGAAGUGACAACUCGGGACCUGCUAAGAAACAAAAGGUGGCGUUCAGGAGAGGAUUAUACUGCGUCAACGCUGGAGAUAAAAGCGAUACCUUGGCUUUCGAAGUUGGUGGCAUAAAAAUACAGAUGUUAGUUGAUUCCGGUUCACCGCCUAAUAUCAUCACACAGAAGACUUACGGAGAGCUGAAACGAGCAGGAGCAGAUAUCAUCAACGAGCGCGAAGCAUUGGAAGAGAGCAAGCAAUACCAAGGAUACGGAUCAUCAGACACCAUCCACUUCAGUAAGGCUUUCGAAACCGAAAUAAAAAUACCAGGUGAAGAAAAUGGAGUCUGGAGUUACGUUCUGGUUUCUCCUAAUGGGCAAACCAAUUUACUAUCCAAAUCGACGGCUUUUGCUCUCGGAGUACUGAGAAUCGGCUAUGACGUUGGAAGCGAAGUCAAUACCAUUACUGGCGCUGAACAAAACCCUAAAUCGCCUUUCCCAAAAGUGCCAGGAAUUCAGUUGAAAAUACACAUUGAUCCAUCCGUCACUCCUGUAUGUCAGCCAAUACGACGUUUACCUAUCGCUAUGGAAGCAGAAGUUGAACAACAGAUACAAGAGUUACUGGCACAAAAGAUCAUAGAGAAGGUUGAACAUCCCACAAGCUGGGUAUCUCCACUAGUUCCUGUCCGGAAAAGCGAUGCGAAACUCCGCCUGUGCGUCGACCUUCGAGCAGCGAAUAAGGCAGUACUAACCGAGAAAUAUCCGAUGCCCAACAUAGAAGAAGCUUUAUCGUCUAUCCACAAAGCUGAAAUGCUGUCAACGCUUGAUUUGGAGUCCGCAUUUUACCAUCUUGAGCUUGAAACAGAAAGCCGUGAUAUAACUACAUUUGUUUCGAGAAGUGGACUGUAUCGUUUCACACGACUCGUUUUUGGAAUAAAAAGCGCUCCGGAGCUAUUCCAAAAGACAAUAGCAAACCUUAUUGGCGGGAUCAAAGGGGUCAUAAUAUACCUCGAUGAUAUAUUGAUCUUUGCUGAUUCAGUCGAAGAACACGAUCGCAUUCUUGCAUUGGUAAUGGAACGGCUGAAAACCUUCAACCUAAAGGUAAACGAAAAGAAGUCCGUAUUGAGAGCAUCAAGCGUUGAAUUUCUUGGGUUCAAGGUUUCGAAGAAGGGAGUAAGUCUCACUGAAACGAAGAUUAAGGCAUUUCUGGACAUGCGCGCUCCACAAACAACUAGUGAGCUGCGUUCACUUCUGGGUACUGCACAGUUCUUUGGAAAGUUCAUUGAGAACCUUUCAAUGCGUACCCAUCACAUGAGGCAACUACUGCAUAAGGGAACCGCGUUUUGUUGGAAGCCAUGCCAUCAAAAGGAACUUGACGAUCUGAAAACGUUAGUAGGGAAACAUUAGACUAAGGAGUGUAUCGUAAAGUAGUUGAAAAUGUUUACAAUACUUUCAAAAAUAGUUUAAUAUAACUUUUAAGUAAUUUUAUUUUUGGAGAUACUGAACAAAUCCUUGAAAAAAGAAAUGGCUUUUAUGAUUUUCUAAAAAUGUUCUUUUAACUGGGUUUUUAACCUAGAUUACUGAACGUAUGUUUUUAAAUUUUUGCACACCUUCUAAAAAAUUGAAAUUGCGAAAAAAGUUCGAUAAUGUUCGAAAAUUGUUAACUUUUUUGUGCAAAUAUAAUAAGCUCCAGAAUCCUCAUGAUAUAGGCAAAUUAUUUUAUUCAAGAAAAAUCUCCACUGCAUUUAAGCGCAAUUCUUAAAAAUGAAAAAAGGCCAUUUUUGAGGAACCCCUUUUUUCCAUGCUCCUCCAAACCAUGUUUACGCAAAUAAAAAAUACAUAAAAUGAAAAAUUCGCAUGUUUUUAAAUAGGGUAUGUUUUUAAAUUUAUGGACGAGUAAGUUAGAGCAAAAAAUAUAAUUUUAUAACCUUUUAAGAUAUUAAAAGCAGAACUUCAAAGUUUGACCAAAAAAUAGGCGUUUUUUGGAGUGGACCAUUUUGUAGAUAUAGGAGAUUUUUCUAUCGAAAAUAUGAAUUUUGGAAGUCGGUGUUGAAUGAUAUGUUAUGUGUACAUAACUGUUAACAAGCAUCAAUAUUUUCCAGAUUUUUUAUCGUACAAAUUUUGUUCGCUACAGAUUAUUGAAAUGUUGAAAAAUCCUAGCAAAAUUGCAUUUUGUGCAGAUUUUUAUUUUGUGAGGUUUAUUCAUUUAACCAUAUUUUCAAUUAUACUAAACAUUUUCCAAAUUUUUCCAAGCUGUUCUAAACUUAACUAUAUUGUGAAGAUUUCAUAGAAGAACCGAAAUGAUAAGACCAACCCAGCUUCGAGAUAGAGCAUCCUGAACAUUUUCAACUACUUUCCGAUACACUCCUUAACACACAUAGAAUAACUCGUUUCGUUUCUUACAGGUCGAUAGCAGAUCAAAGGACGCUCAAGUAUUACGAUCCUCGUGAUAAAACGUAUUUGAUAACCGAUGCCGGUCCGAGCGGCCUGGGCGCAGUUUUAGCACAAGCAGAAAAUGAUGAAAUUCGUCCGGUUGUGUGUAUUUCUCGAAGCCUCACACCUUGUGAAACCAAAUACUGUCAAACCGAGAAAGAGUGUCUCGGAAUUAUCUGGGCUAUUGUAAAAUUGUAUAUCUAUCUCUACGGAACACGUUUCACCCUCAUUACGGAUUGUAAGCCGCUUGUGUAUUUGCUUGACCGCGUCCGUUCGAGACCAUCUGCUCGAAUGGAGAGAUGGAUAUUACGUCUCCAGAAUUUUGAUUUCGAUACACGUUAUGAACCGGGCGACAAAAACGUUGCCGAUGCUUUCUCAAGGCUUUGUUCACCCCAGCCCCAUGGUGCUCACGAAACAGAUGUUGUGAGCUGGAUAACACCUUACAUGCAGCCAUGUAGAAUCAGCAAAACUGAACUGGAACGAGCCAGUGCAGAGGAUACGAUUUUGAACAAAAUCCGUGAAGCUUUGACAACAGGGGAUUGGACGGACGUUCCAGCUCAGUUCAAAACACUUGGAAUCAAAGAGGAACUGUCCCAGUACGGUGAGUUGAUUCUACGUGGAGACCGAAUCGUCAUUCCUGCGGCUCUUCAACGAAGAGUCACAGAGAUAGCGCAUCUUGGUCAUCAAGGAUCGACAGCGAUGAAAGCACAUUUAAGAUCGAGAUUGUGGUUUCCAGGUAAGAGUUAAAAGGAUGUGUUUGCCAAUAAUUACCUCUAUAAAUGUUGAUUACGUUUCAGGGCUAGAUGACCUCGUAGAAAAGACCUUGAAAGCGUGUAAGGAAUGCACGAUGAUGGCGAAACCUGAUCCACCGUGCCCAAUGGCAAGAAGACUACCGACUCUCCCGUGGCAGGAUGUUGCAAUGGAUUUCAUCGAAGGACUGCCCCAGGAUUACUCAUUGCUCGUAGUAGUUUGCUACACAACUCGAUACACAAUGGUAGAACCAAUGAAGCAUCCAACUUCGUCGAUGGUGGUGAUGGCACUGCUGAAAAUGUUCAGCAAAUUUGGCAUCCCUCAAUCGAUAACAACUGAUAAUGGCCCUCAGUUCCGUGCCGCAGAACUCGCAAAGUUUUGCAACUCCUACAAUAUACAUCUGAACCUAACAACUCCGUACUGGCCGGAACGCAACGGUGCUGUCGAAAGACAAAACCGUAAUUUGAAAAAGAGGAUUAAAAUCAGUGUGGCACAGGAGACCGAUUGGAAGCGGGAUCUCUACGAAUAUCUCUUGUUCUAUCAUUCGACCCCUCAGGAAACUACCGGCCUGUCUCCAGCAAAAAUGAUGUUUAACCGAGAGCUGAUUAGCUAUCUACCGACGAUUCAGGAUCCGAAGAGAGUAUUCUUUGAAGGAGCAGAAGAACGUGAUGCGUUGACCAAGGAACGUAAAAAGCAAUAUGCCAAUACAAACAGACAUGCCAAAGAAAACGAUCUUGUGGCUGGUGACACCGUGUUAAUGCGUAAUUUGAAACUAGGAUCAACCCAACCAAACUUCCGACCAGAAGAGUUUGAAGUAAUCGAUGCGAACGGUAGUGAACUUGAGGUCAGGUCUAGAGAAACCGGAAAGGAGUACAAGAGAAACCGAACUCAUUUGAAGAAACUAUCCUCUCACGACUCCAGCGACGUUGAUAUACAAUCAGGUCUACAACCACUUCCAUUGGACGUUGUCGACGACUGCCGGGAACCUAUCAGUAACGGGUCUCAUUGCGAACAAGAGCAGACGAGCUUCGAAGUGGUACAGCAAGAAGAGGAUAGUCGCCCCCGAAGGAAAAGAAACGCUCCAGGAAGAUACAGAGAUUUUCACGUGUAUCAGUAAUCGCUGAACAUUUUAAAGACAAGAUAUUCACUAAUAAAUAAGAAUUAAAUGAAA